AUGUGGGAUUGGGAUUUGAGGACGACUUGGGAAGUGGUGGAGGCGAACAGUGCAACGAGUCCAUUGGAUAGGUUAACCAGGAACUUGCGAGGAGACGUGGUCUGGAUCUUGAAUUCUACUAGUGAAGUGGGAGAGAGCAGGAUUGGAUUUGCAUUUACCAAAAGAGAUGAAGGAGCUGUAGAGGCUAAUAAAGAGAGAAUAACAGAAAGAGAAGUGAAUGAUCGAUUUGUGUCGAGUUUCAAAAUGCAAAACUCAGCUUUAGUUUUGUCCCUCAACGCCAUCCUUAAAUUCUUCUCCUUUGGCCAAGUGAAAUUGCCACUUCCACCAGGCACCAUGGGAUGGCCUUACAUAGGAGAAACCUUUCAACUUUAUUCACAAAACCCAAAUCUUUUCUUUGCUUCCAAAGUCAAAAAAUAUGGUUCCAUAUUCAAGACUCACAUAUUGGGGUGUCCUUGUGUGAUGAUUUCAAGCCCAGAAGCUGCAAAACUUGUGCUUGUCACAAAAUCAAAUCUCUUCAAGCCCACUUUCCCUGCAAGCAAAGAGAGAAUGUUAGGCAAACAGGCUAUUUUCUUUCAUCAGGGCGAGUAUCACGCUAAACUUCGCAAGCUAGUUCUUCGUGCAUUCAUGCCUGAAUCGAUCAAGAACAUCGUACCAGACAUCGAGUCGGUCGCAAUUAGCUCCCUCAAGUCAUGGGAAGGAAAAUUGAUCACUACUUUCCAAGAAAUGAAAACAUACACUUUUAAUGUGGCUUUACUGUCCAUAUUUGGAAAGGAUGAAGUUUUGUACAGAGAAGACCUCAACAGAUGUUAUUACAAUCUUGAAAAAGGGUACAAUUCAAUGCCUUUUAACAUCCCUGGAACACUGUUUUACAAAGCCAUGAAAGCCAGGAAGGAAUUGGCACAAAUCUUGGCCAAAAUCCUGUCCCUUCGCAGGCAAACCAAGCAAGAUUACAGCGAUUUGCUUGGAUCAUUUAUGUGCGAUCACGAAGGACUAACGGAUGAACAAAUUGCUGACAACAUCAUCGGUGUCAUUUUUGCUGCAAGAGAUACCACUGCUAGUGUACUGACAUGGAUUAUCAAGUACCUAGCGGAAAAUCCAAGCGUCCUACAAUCUGUCACUGAAGAACAAGAAGCAAUAAUUAAUUCGAAAGAGGAAUCUGGUGAAGAAAAGGCACUGAGUUGGGCAGAUACCAAGAGAAUGCCAAUUACCACAAGGGUAAUUCAAGAAACACUCAGAGUUGCCUCUAUCCUAUCUUUUACUUUCAGAGAAGCUGUUCAAGAUGUUGAAUUUAAAGGCUAUCUUAUACCAAAAGGAUGGAAAGUUUUACCACUCUUUAGAAACAUUCACCACAGCCCAGAAAAUUUCACAGACCCUGAGAAAUUUGAUCCUUCAAGAUUUGAGGUUGCUCCAAAGCCCAAUACAUUUAUGCCAUUUGGCAAUGGGAUCCACUCAUGUCCAGGGAAUGAAUUAGCCAAGACUGAGAUUUUAGUCCUUGUACAUCAUUUGACCACAAAUUAUAGGUGGUCUAUGGUGGGCCCACAAAAUGAGAUUCAGUAUGCACCCUUUGCUCUUCCCCAGAAUGGUUUGCCCAUUACUCUCUCUCUCAAAAGAUAG